AUGUCAAUAAUUGAACAUUCGUUGCAUCACAUUUCCCCGAAGCCAAUGCAAUAUGUGCCAAAGUCCAGCAAGAAGAAUAAAACAGGAAAUGGUCGUUCGUUGUCGAAAUCCAAAUCAUUAGGUUCCCUCAAUAGCCAAUUUCCCGAGCCAACAGAACCUCAGCUGGAGUCAGAGAUUAUUUCCUCUCCUCGAACAGACACCAAAAAAAAUAGCGAUUAUGCCAAGUACGAGAAAAUUUUGAGUGCUGUACAGGAUGAUGACUUCCAAGAUGUCGAUCUUUUGAGCUUCCGAAAGUUAGGCUUAUCAAAUGAUGAUAAUAGCAAUAAUGAUUAUGGGAUCAAAGAUUUCAAGAAGUUUCACGAUAGUUUGCAGAAUCAGAACCGUACAUUAGGCCACAAGGGCUCGGCGAGCAACCUUCGCAUAUCUCUCAACAAUACGGGCAGCACAUCAUCUCUCGGUAGCCCAUCUUUGAAUAUGCCCAAGAAAUUCCACCACAAUGGAAGCGUACCGGACCUGCCAUCGUCAUCCGUCCAUAACCUUGGUGGAUUAGUUUCAGGAAAUUCAUCAGUCCACUCACUUAAAAACAAUGCUCUGUUUGUCAGAGGGUUGGGAAUCAACAAAUCGCAAGUCAGACGUCCAAGUGACAACUUACUGAGCUUGAAGCACAGUAAUACAUCCCAAUCAUUUGAUUCUAAAUCGGAUUCUAUUUCUAGUGGUUUGGCAAGUGUCAGUGAGGAUUACGAUUCAACAAUAACGCAUCCACAUAAACAAAGGAUAGAAGAACAAAUCACCAUUCCUAAUGCCUUAUCCAAGCCUUAUAAUUCUCAGAUAUUUACAAAAACUUGCAAGAAUGGAGGUAAAGAAAAAGUUAACGAGAGACCAUUUUCUGAUGACUCGAUGUUGAGUUCAACUUCAUCUAACUUUGAAUUUGAAAACGAAUUUGAUUCAAGAAUCUCUCUGUUGACUUCGAUGGAAAAUGUUAGUCAGAUUUUAUCUUCUCCCGAGAAUGAUGAUACUUUCCACGAAAAAACUCCUAAGAUGACAGAAACUCCACAAUUUAUGAACUUAAGUACAUCUGAGGAUUAUGAAUUUGACAAUAACAAUGAUGCUAGCCAUAAAAGAACACCGUCUGAUUUCACUGACAAUACAAUUAAUCUUGGGAAUGCUAGCCAAGAAGGCAUUGAAAAUUCAACGAUCAGCUUAAACACAAUCAAUUCAAAUAAUACGGUUUUAGAAUUGAGUUACUCUAAUCCUGACGCAACUUCCACAAAUACCCCAAGUUCUCCAAGACUUGAAUCUAACUUUGAUGACACAACAAAACAAAAUACUCUUUACAAUGCUAGUUCUUCUACCAUUCACGUUCCUAAGAGACGGAGUGACGGAAUGAUGAGAAGGAAAUCGUUGAAUAGGGUCGCUUCAAUGCCAGCUUUGAAUAAUGACCGUCGUUCGCAUCCGCUUUCUCCAUCCUUAGGAAGUUCAAAACAAAAUGCCAUUGGGUUGGGAUUGUCCACAGUAUAUAAUGGUUCCUCUUUGACACUUGAUAGUGUUGUCUCAGCUCAUGGUAGUCCUUUGAUAUCUUCUGAUGGUACUACAAUCGUUAGCCCAAGCCAAAAAUUUAAAUUAAGAAGACAAUUAUCUAAAAAGAAUUUGUCGGCAUUUAGAGAAGAAUUAUCUAAUAUCAACACUGAGGAUGAAGUCAUUGAUUUGGAAGAUAGCGCUUCUAGCUCAAUCUUUUUCAAUAUUCCUUAUGCUUCGGGAUCUACUGCUACAUUAUUUUCAACAAAUCCUAACUCGAAGCAAUCCAGACAAAAAAUCAUUAAUGCCUCACAAACCUCAAUUCCAAUUUCUCCUCUUGUGAACAAUGUUCAUAACAACACAAUGAACGACCAAACGUUUGCUAAUGAUUUGUCAAGGUUUUAUACCGAUGUUUCUGAUAACUAUAUUGCUAGUGAGUUGGCCAAAAGAGAAGAAAAUCAUACAAAAUUGCCGUCAUAUAUCAUGUCUCAGAUCGAAAGUCAAUCAUCGAUCCAUUCAUUAUCUCCAAGAUCUUCAGUAUCACUUGAUUCCAGUCAGAAUAGCUCGCAAUCACACGCAGACGUUGCUUCUUCAGCAUCUCAAGCUCCAGCUUUAAGUCAUACUAUUGAUGAAUUAAGACUAAUGUCGCCUGAAAAAAUUGAUAUUUUAUCAUCUACUAGACCAAUGUGGUUGCCACCAAAAUCUGCUCACGAAGAUUCAAAACAUCAGCAACAAAUUUCAGAAGCGUUCGAAUCUUACAGUAAGAAGGAGAUAGAUAAAAAGGAGCGAAACUUUCAGAGGCUCAAAAAUUCAUUGAUUAAUAACCAAAAAUGGUUUGAACUAACGGUAAAGCAUAAAGAGAUUCAUAAACCGGUGAUUUAUUCGAUGAGGCAUUUAUGCUGGAAAACUAAUAUCCCGAAUGAUUUGAGGUACAAGGUUUGGAACGAUGUUUUGAGCUACUAUGACAGCAAGCAUAAUGAUACCAACGAUAAUACCGAUGAUGGUGGCGAUGGGUCAUUGGUGACAACAGAGACGUACGACGAUUUGUCAGAAAAAUUGUCCACAAUCAAUACCGACUACUUAGAGCCAGAAAUCGAUUUAAUAAUUGAAUCACUUUUCCCUAGACUAGAACUAUUUCAGACCGGUCAAAAGUUGAACAGUAUAUUGAAGAAAAUGUUGCUUAUUCAAAAAAUUUCCAAGAAUGGGUUGAAUUACGGGGAUGAGGUUUUGAUAGCCUUAUUCUUGUUAUACUUUACACCUGCUGAGGUAUUCAGGAUCUUGUCAUUGGUUAAUGUCAAUGUGAUGAAUGAUGUUUUCAAAACGAAAUUCAAUUCGAAUCUUGAAUCUAAUUAUACCAUGAAGAAAUAUUUGGGUAAGCAUUUCAAGGAUGAGAUGCCAUUAAUUAACACCAGGAACUUGUAUAAGAUUUUCAUGAAGAUUGAUCCGGAGUUAAUGAUUAAUGUGUUUGAUUUCUUGGUGUUGAAUAAUAGUUACAAAGUAUGUUAUUGUUUUAUGUUGUUGGUACUUAAGUUUUAUCAUUUUGGAUUUGCGGAUUUACGAGCCUUGACUGUGGGUGAUAGUAUGUUUAUCGAGGUGGAUGAUGCUGAUGAAUUUUUGGCAAGGUUCCAACAUUAUUAUAACAAGUUCUAA